AUGACCUUGGCUCGGAACAAAGUGUCAAAACUAGUUGUCCUUCUAUCGGUGACAAUUGUCAUCACAAAUCCAUUGUAUUUGAAGAAGGCUGACAAUUGUCAGAAUGCCUGUAGAUCAGAGAAAAAUUCCUGCAAUCUUCUAUGUGAAAGUCAGUAUUGUCAGUCAAUUUGCCUUGAUAUCAUCAACCGGGACAUCAACGACGACAAUAUCGACAACAAAACCGACGACAUCGACACAAACACCGACAACGACACCGACAACAACACCGAAAACAUCGACACCAACACCCACAUUAACACCCACAUCAACACCGACAACAUCAACAACAACGCCUACAACAACACCGACAACAACAUCGACAACAUCGACAACAACAUCAACAACAACACCGACAAUAAUACCGACAACAACAACACCAAGGCAAUUUAUAUGCGAUAUUCCUAG